AUGACCUCUCUCUUCGGGUCUUCUGCUCAAUGGCGCAUUCAAGCGAGCAAUGCUCGUCCGGCUUGUUUGUCCCUUGCGGCUAGUAUUAGAUGGCAUGCGGAAACUGAAAUCAAUGGCCUUGCAAGGAACCCACCUCACGGCUGCGCUACCGGGGGUCCCCCUUGCGCCGAGGCCAAGAAGGUGUUUGCGGCGUCACCGAGGGAAGAAGCUGAGGGCAUUGGUCUCCAGGCUGUCCGAGUACGUAGCCAAUACGACGAGGGCCGGCAUUGGGAAGCCAGGGACGGGAGAGGCGGCCGUGAUGAGAGCAUGCUGAUGCCGAUGAUGCUGUGGAUGAUGAUGCUGACUGUCAACUGCUUGAACUGCGUCAGAGAGUAUCGAUAUAUUGAUGCACUGUGGAAGGCUCACGGUGGCUCAUGCGGCUUGGUGCUCAUGAUGCAUCAAAUACUCGUACUUGUACUUGACCCAUUCCCGUAUCCGCACCUGUCCUCGGAUUAG